ACAAUCACUGGUGCAAGAGGACUAAGGAAAGACAGACGGGUUUGGCAGCUCUCACCAGCCCCUCCUAAAUACUUCUCCAGCUCUCCUGUUAUCUUCAUAUUCAAGCAGGGAGUGCUUUUAAAAAAAACAAAAAAAACAAAAGUAAAAAGAGGGGUAAAUUGCUAGAACAACAAAUAACUGCAGAUUCUGCAUAAACUGGAACUUUCUCUACUUUUCUCUGCAAUAUCUACCUGGAUAUCUCCCUCCCACUAUUUUAUCCUGGAGCCCUGCUGUAUUUGGGAUUAUUGAGCGUUUUUAAGAAUCCUAGUGCAUGGCAACAGAGAUUUACAUUUUCUUUUCUUUCCAAAUAUUGACAACACCUUUACUUCAAGCUAUAGGAAUUUCCUUGGAGUGAGCGCUUAGGCAACAGUGAUUCAUUUAAAGUUCUGUGAAAAGUUGCAGAAUCGGCAGAUUAACUACUUUAAUUUCCCCUGGGGGUCUACACUGUAUAUUCACUCUAGAGAUCGUAUUAUAGUCUUAGUCUGUUUCCUUUCCCAGCUUUCGCUCUGAAUGUUUUUCCUGCUGGUGUGGAGUACUAUAGGAAAGCCUCCAGAACCACCAGGCUUUAGUCACACAUAUUGACUGAUUCUAAAUGGACAUUGCAGGACUGCUGAAGGGGCUUCGCUGAUCUGUACCAGUCUGUGGAGAGUUUGAGGUCAUCACAGCAGCUGGUAUUGUAUAUAUAUUUUAUAAUGUUAAAGUAAAGAUGGAGUGGAAAGCUACAGUGUGUGCCUGUGGCCUGCUCUGCCUCGGGGUCCUCCUGACAUGGAGUGCUCCUGCUAGCUCACAGGCCGUCCUCACAGAUUAUAACAUCACAGAGUUCCAAAAGGGCUUCCUCCCACAGGGGAGGGAGGGGGAGGUCCAGGAGUAUACCGGCCUGGACACUGGGGAGAAGGCUGUGAAGACAAAAUCAAAGAAGUCUCCCGAAGAAAUCCUUGCAGCCAAGGCCAAGAAAGCAGCUGAGAAGGAAGCCAAAGCCAAGAAAGAGAAAGAGCCCAAACCCACCAAGAAACCGAAACCCCCAAAACCAACCAAGAAACCGAAACCCCCCAAACCGACAAAGAACCCUAAACCCCCCAAACCAACAAAGAACCCUAAACCUCCGAAACCAACCAAGAAACCCAAAGGCAAGAAGAAAACAGAGGUGAAAAUACUGGAGGAGAAGACACCAGAGGAACGUGAGACGAAACUAAAACUGGAGGAGAAAGAAGAGCGAGUUCUGACUGAGCUUGGCUGGGACAAAUUUGAUAUUUACCCACCACCAGAGAUCCCUGUAACAACUGCUAUUGAACAAGAGAGAGAAGAGAGGAGAGAAGAUGAUGACUAUUGGGAUAUAAAAUAUGAGCUUCCAGAGCCCCCUACUGACGGAAAGAUGGACUUCAGUGAGCCCUACACUGAGGACUGGAGACUCUACCCAACAGUGGAACGUGAGGAACCCACCCCUCCUCCAGAGGAAGGCACAUGGUUGGAUGAGUAUGACUAUGGAGACAGAAAGAAGGAAGAGGAGGAAGCUGAGGGGAGAAGGAGAGAGGAGGAGAAAGCCAAACCAAAGAAAGAGAAAAAGGAGGAGAACGAGCCAGAGCCAGUGGAUCCACUCUACACUACACCACAGAAAUGCCCGCCCCUUGGCUUGGAGUCCCAUCGUGUGGAAGAUGACCAGCUGCUGGCCUCCUCGAUGUUACGGCACGGCCUGGGUCCACAGCGUGGCAGGCUAAAUAUGCAGUCAACUUUUCAGGCUGGCAAAGAGGAAGAAGACUACAAUGAUGGGGCCUGGUGUGCUGACAGCGAGGAAACACAGCACUGGUUUGAGGUAGACACCAGGAGGAACACCAAAUUCACUGGAGUGAUCACCCAGGGCAAAGACUCUCAGACACACAACGAUUUUGUCACCUCGUACUUUGUGGCCUUCAGCAAUGACAGCACCACAUGGAAUGUGAUCCAUGACGGCUAUGUAGAGUGGUUGUUUCUCGGGAAUGUGGAUAAGGACACGCCUGUGAUCUCAGAGUUCGUUGAGCCAGUGGUGGCUCGGUACAUCCGAAUUCUUCCUCAGAGCUGGAACGGGAGCCUGUGCAUGCGCCUGGAGGUCUUGGGCUGCCCUGUUUACUCCCCAAACAGCUACCAGUACAGACAGAAUGAAGUGACUUCACUGGAUGACCUGGACUUCCGGCAUCACAACUAUAAAGAGAUGAGACAGAUGAUGAAGGUGAUCAAUGAGGAUUGUCCCUCCAUCACACGCAUCUACAACAUCGGCAAGAGCUCCCAGGGGCUGAAGCUGUACGCCAUGGAGAUCUCGGACAACCCUGGAGAGCACGAGACAGGCGAGCCGGAGUUCCGGUACACAGCCGGUCUCCACGGCAACGAGGUGUUGGGGCGGGAACUGCUGCUCUUGCUAAUGCAGUUCAUGUGUAAGGAAUACAAUGAUGACAACCCACGAGUGCGCCGCCUAGUGGAGGGAACGCGCAUCCACUUGGUGCCCUCCUUCAACCCGGACGCCUACGAGCUUGCCUACGAGAUGGGGUCAGAGCUGGGUAACUGGGCACUGGGCCACUGGACAGAGGAAGGCUAUGACAUCUUUGAGAACUUCCCCGAUCUCAACACCAUCCUGUGGGGCGCCGAGGAAAGGGGGUGGGUUCCCCGCAUUGUGCCCAAUCACCACAUCCCUAUCCCAGACAACUUCCUAUCAGAGAAUGCCUCGGUUGCCAUGGAGACGCGAGCCAUCAUUUCUUGGAUGGAAAAGACCCCGUUCGUUCUGGGAGCAAAUAUCCACGGGGGAGAGCAGCUUGUGACCUACCCCUUCAACAUGGUGCAUCCGUCGGGGAGGUCAACAGUGUCUCGACGCGAGAGGCAGCAUCAUGAGGAGGAGGAGGGGGUGGGGGGGCAGUAUGAGAACCUCUCGCUCCGGGAGACUCCAGACGACUCAGUAUUCCGCUGGCUGGCCACCUCCUUCGCCUCCUCCCACCUAACCAUGACUGAGACGUACCGGGGGGCCUGUCACACAGACGACCUCACAGGGGGGCUGGGCAUCCUCAACGGGGGAGCCUGGAAACCCACCACUGGCAGUAUGAACGACUUCAGCUAUCUGCACACCAACUGCUUUGAGCUGUCCAUCUUUGUGGGCUGCGACAAGUUCCCUCACGAGAGCGAGCUGCCUCAGGAGUGGGAGAACAACCGGGAGGCACUCCUGGUAUUCAUGGAGCAGGUCCAUCGUGGGAUCAAGGGGGUGGUGACUGACCGGGAAGGCAAUGCAAUUGCUAAUGCCACCGUCUCUGUGGAUGGAGUCAACCAUGACGUUAAAACAGCCACCAAUGGAGACUACUGGCGUCUGCUGAACCCGGGCGAGUACCGGGUGACUGUGCGAGCCGAGACCUUCACCUCCAGUGCCCAGGUGUGUGUGGUGGGCUACGAGAUCGGUGCCAGCCCCUGCAACUUCGUCCUGGCCAAAUCAAACUGGAAACGUAUCCAUGAUAUCAUGGCGCUGAACAGUGGGAGACCGAUUCGACUGAUGAACAGGAACAUCACCAGGAACGGGAACGGGAAAGGCAACAGAGGGAUAGGGCUGGGGCCCAGAGCGCGUAGAAUGCGUUUGCAGCGUCUGCGCAUGAUGAGAAUGCGACGGCUCCGCCAGCAAAAACUGCUAGCCAGCGCAACCACCACCACCACCACCCUGCCACCCACGACCACCACCACCACCACCCUGCCACCCACAACCACCACCCUCCCUCCCACCACUCUCCCCAUAAUACAAGCAACCACAGAGCUGGACUACCCUUUUGCUUACAAAGAGGAUGAUUAUCUCAAACCCACUAAGCAGAAUUACCAUUUUGAAUAUAAACAAGAGGAUUAUCCUUUCGGGUACAAGGAGGACGAUUAUUAACAACUUUUUAAAUAACUGCUCGGGCCACUUUAGAGACGGGCAUAUAAAUAAUAGGAUCCUGACUUACAGGAGUCUGCUGGUUGCUUGGUUAUAUGAUGUGCUGAAGCAUGUCUGCUGGUUGCUUGUUACAUGAUGUGCUGAACCAUUCUUCAAGCAUGCUUUACAGUAUCUCUGGAUUGGGUGGGCGGGGCUUACAGUGUAGUGGUUGGGAUCCGUCUGUCAUAUACACAAAAAGUAAAUCAUAGACAGAUAUCUAAACAUAUAAAUGCUGUUAUUUCUGUGAUCUUGCUUAACAAUACUGUAUUACAGUAAUCCUGGUUCCAGGUCAUUUGGAUAAUUGUUCUUUGACUGCAACAAAAUACACAGUUUAUCUUUUUACAA